AUGGAUGGCAGGCCUGCCUACGAGAGGAUUCUCACUGAGUCACAAAUCCUUGAGCGACUACCAAAUGAAAUCGCGGAACUCAUUCGCAAUGCUUCCGGGCUUCAGUAUCUCAAUGCGCUUGCAUUGGGCGCGUUGAAGCCAGGAUUCACAGAGGAACUAUUUCUUUUAUACGAGCCUAUUUUUGUCGAUUUGGCAUCGCGAUGGAUUACACCUGAUUCUUUUAAUCAGGUUGAAGUUCUUUCCGCCUUUUCACGAAUCCUACCGUUUGCGCCGUACCUACGAUCGUUCGCCAGCCAAUAUGCCUUGUCUCAGGCUGGUCCUUUGUCGGCUUUGGCUGUAUCCAAGGAGCUCACGCUUCUGCAGAUAGACGAUUCUACACUUAUAACCAUACUCCUUGCGUUUUUCAGGUUGCUUUCGUUCGACCUAGAAACCUUUUCAAAGGCCGUCUCGCCUCUCCAACUCCAGUCCCUUCUCCGACAUCACGACCGGACAGUUAAAUACUUGGCGGUUAGAUGUUUUGCCUUAUACAUGCAUGCAGCGGAUGCUGCGACGGAGAAGAUGAUCGAGACACACCUUGGGUGUGAUCCCAUUGAAGGGCGUUGGGAAGACAUAACCAUCGACUACCGGUUGCUUGGUCUGUGGGAAGAGCAGCGCUGGGAGGCUCUGGCAAGGCGACACCAGCGCACGAGGUCGUCCCGGUCAGAUCUAGAUUGCUUUUUGCAAGCAGAGAAACUCAGUGAAUAUUUCACUCGUCGUACGGCUGAGAUUUGCGGGGUUCUUUUACCAAGGCUCAAGGAUGCAGGCGCAACACCCAUCUCGUCUUCUAUCAUUAGAACUCCCACUUCCACGAGGAAUUUGCGAAGAAUUGCGCAAGCAUUACUUGGGCCAAAACCUGUUCUGUUGAUAGGUCUGUCCAACUCUGGAAAGACGUCUCUAAUAAACGACGUCGCCGCAACCAUGGGACAAGCAGAAUCCAUGGUUACGCUCCAUUUAAACGAGCAAACAGACGCAAAAAGCCUGCUGGGGAUGUAUGCGACGUCUCCCGUAACCGGAUCCUUUACGUGGCAACCUGGUGUAUUAGCCAAGGCCGCAAGGGAAGGCCGAUGGAUUCUGAUUGAGGACUUAGAUCGUGCUCCAUCUGAAGUUAUCGGGCUUAUUCUUCCUAUAAUUGAAAAGGGAGAAUUGACUAUAGCGAGCAGGAAAGAGACGAUAAAAUGUGCCGAUGGCUUCAAGAUUAUUGCGACAAUGAAGUCGUCAUAUAAUAUCGCGGGAGAGGAAGUGGCCCCAGGAACCACCAUGCUUGGGGGCAGACUAUGGCAAAGAGUCCAGGUGGACUCCCUUUCCGGAGAUGAAAUUCAGGAAGUGAUUAUGCAAAAGUUCCCUCUGCUAGAGUCCAGGGUACCGGUUAUCAUGGACGUCUACCAGAGACUCUGCUCGUCUUUCCCUGGGAGUCUUGCGAUGAAGAGCUCUCAUGGAAGAACGCCGGGAUUUCGUGAUCUAGUCAAACUUUGUGCCCGGUUGCACAGGCGUCUCAAGCGGCUUGGCGCAAAGACUGGGUACGAAGCUACGCCAGAAGCCACCGAGGAUGAGAUAUUCCUCGACAUCGUCGAUAUCUUUCUUAAGUACCUCCCUGAGACCUCCCUGCAGAACUCGUUUGCUGCAAUAGUUGCAGAGGCUCUCAAUAUAUCACCCCAGCGGGCACAGUAUUGUCUCCGUGAACGGACCCCUGUAUACGCUGAUCAGGGAAGCACUCUGAUGGUCGGGAGGGAGGUCUGUCAAAAGGUUAAGGUGCCUAACAGAUCCGUGCCAAAGUUUGCAGCGGCUGCUUCUUCUCGGUUUGCUUCAACAAGGUCUGCCUUGAAACUUAUGGAGCAAACCGCAGCUGCAGUCCAAAUGGCCGAGCCUGUUCUGCUGGUUGGUGAAACAGGAGUAGGAAAGACGACUGUGGUUCAACAGCUUGCGACAUUAAUGCGACAGAAGCUCACAGUGGUUAACUUGUCACAGCAGAGUGAGAGUACUGAUCUGCUGGGCGGUUUCAAACCUAUUAAUAUUCGUACUAUGGCCAUUCCCAUGUUGGAUGAAUUCAACCAACUGUUUGAAUUGACUUUCUCUGCAAGGAAAAAUCAAAAAUUUCUAACCUCUGUCACUAAGAGCGCUGCAGCGGGUAACUGGCCGCGCCUGGUUAAUCUCUGGCAUGAGGCUGUUCGCCUGGCCCACAGUGUUUUGAACCCAUCUUCCAAAUCUUCCGGUGCCGGUGAAGAACAGCCUACGAAGAAAAGAAAGUUGGAUUCCAUGAAAUAUCAGCAUCUGCACAAGAGAUGGGAGUCCUUUGCUUUACAGCUUACAGACUUUGAGGCGCAGGUGGCACAAGGCGACAGCAAGUUCUCUUUUGCGUUCGUGCAGGGAAAGAUUGUUCGAGCUCUGAGGAACGGCGAGUGGGUUCUGCUGGAUGAGAUUAACUUAGCUUCUCCAGACACAUUGGAGAACAUCGCUGGCCUUCUUCAUCAUGGGAGCGAGGGGUCACCUUCUGUGUUGCUUUCCGAAGCAGGUGAGGUGGAAAGGGUGUUUGGACAUCCAGACUUUCGUAUAUUUGGGGCCAUGAAUCCUGCCACUGACGCCGGGAAAAGAGAUUUACCCCCGGGACUCCGUUCUCGAUUCACAGAGCUCUACGUGCACUCUCCAGAUAAUGAGUUCGAUGACCUACUGGCAUUGAUUCAGAAAUAUCUCGGAGACUUGACCAUAAGUGACUUACGGGCUGUCUCGGAUCUCGCACAACUCUACAUGGAAACGAAAAAGCUAAGUAUCGAGAACAGACUAACGGAUGGCGCCGGGCAACGGCCGCACUUUAGCAUACGUACACUUGUUCGAGCGUUAAUCUAUGUCAUCGAUCACGCACACCUGUAUGGAUUGCGCAGGGCAAUUUAUGAGGGGUUUUAUAUGAGUUUCUUGACAGCCCUAAGUCAGGACUCAGAACAGGUGAUAUUACCUCUUUUGGAAAAGUAUAUUUUUGGGAAUGCGAAGAACUCAAGGGCGCUCCUUGGGCAAACACCUAAACCUCCGGAUGAUGGCAACGAUUAUGUGCGAUUCAAGCACUACUGGAUGAGGCGAGGACCCUUGGUUCCGGAAGAGCAACCACAUUAUAUCAUCACCCCCUUCAUAGAGAAGAACUUGAAGAAUCUGGUCCGAGCAAGUUCCACUCGCCGUUUCCCGGUCCUGCUUCAGGGCCCGACUUCUGCUGGAAAGACUAGCAUGAUUGAAUAUCUUGCAAAGGUCUCGGGAAACAAAUUCGUUCGUAUCAACAAUCAUGAACAUACCGACCUUCAAGAGUAUCUCGGGACCUAUGUGUCCGCGGAUGAUGGCACCUUGCGCUAUCAGGAGGGCGUCAUGGUCGAGGCGCUCCGAAAUGGGUACUGGAUUGUUCUUGACGAGCUCAACUUGGCCCCAUCGGACGUUCUGGAGGCAUUGAAUCGACUUCUGGAUGAUAAUCGCGAACUGUUUAUACCAGAAACCCAAGAAGUUGUUCAUCCUCAUCCAAAUUUCAUGCUAUUCGCAACCCAGAAUCCUGCUGGUCUCUAUGGUGGGCGAAAAGUCCUCUCUCGUGCUUUUCGGAACCGGUUUCUGGAGUUGCAUUUCGACGACAUUCCAGAGAGCGAACUGGAGUUUAUUUUGAAGGAAAGGUCGCAAAUUGCGCCUUCGUUCUGCACGAGAAUUGUAUCAGUCUAUCGGAAAUUGUCCUUAUUGCGCCAGACAAACCGACUCUUCGAACAAAAGCAUAGUUUUGCUACUUUACGUGAUCUCUUCCGUUGGGCUCUCCGACCUGCCGAUGAUCGCGAGCAGCUAGCAAUCAACGGAUUCAUGUUACUUGCGGAACGAGUGCGUAACCCACAAGAAAGAGCAGCGGUGAAAUCCGUCAUCGAAGAGGUCAUGAAAGUCCGCAUUGAUGAAGACACAAUCUACAGCUCCUCGCAAUUUGAGAAGUCCGCUCCUCAGUUGAAACAGCUCUCAACCGGUGUUGUCUGGACGAAGGCAAUGAGGCGUCUCUUCAUAUUGGUGACAAAGGCUAUCGAAAACAAUGAACCGGUCCUGCUCGUUGGAGAAACUGGGUGUGGUAAGACACAACUUUGCCAGGCUGUUGCAGACGUCUUGGGCAAGGAACUCCUCAUUCUAAAUGCCCAUGUGAACUUGGAGACGGGCGAUCUUAUAGGGUCCCAGCGGCCCAUAAGAAACAGGGCUGCGAUUGAAAAAAAUCUGCUUUCUGAUCUCCGAGUCGUCUUCGAUGAAGAUACGACGGAAGAAAGAACACUUGAGAAUCUGAAGAGUGCAUUUGGUGCCCUGAGCUCUGAACAAUUACAACGAAUCGAUCCAGAUUUGGUACAAAGGGUUAAGAGGAACAUUGCCCGAUCCAAUGCUCUCUUUGAAUGGUCCGACGGUAGCCUCAUAUCCGCCAUGAAAACAGGACAGUUCUUUCUUUUGGACGAAAUAUCUCUCGCAGAUGAUUCUGUUCUUGAAAGGCUCAAUAGUGUGCUGGAACCUAGUCGGUCAAUCCUCCUAGCUGAAAAAGGCCCCGUCGACUCCACUGUGGUGGCCGAUAAAGGCUUUCAAUUCCUGUCAACAAUGAACCCUGGAGGUGAUUACGGAAAGCGAGAACUCUCUGCUGCACUUAGAAACCGAAUGACAGAGAUUUGGGCACCUCAGCUGUCGGAGGAUGAGGACAUUCUGCCGAUUCUCCAAACAAAGCUUGAUUUGAAACUGGAGACUGUCCCUAGAGCUAUGUUGAAGUUUGCAAAGUGGUUCAAGAUGACUUUCCAAAACUCAUCGGCCACUUCUCUUUCUCUCCGCGACCUUCUUACCUGGGUAGACUUCGUGAACAAGUGCCAAACUCCAGACCCUGUAUUUGCCAUCGUUCACGGUGCUGCAAUGGUGUUCAUAGACACCUUGGGCGCGAAUCCCGCAGCCAUGCUUACAUCGAAUCUUCACAACCUGGAAGAAAAUCGCAGACUAUGCCUCGACAAGCUUGGUGAAUUAUUCGAUGUUGAUGCUUCGGAUCCCCAGUUCAUAAUGGAUUCACCGACCACAAUUGCCAAUGCAGUGAGAAUCGCUCGCGGACUGCAGUCGUGGAAGCCGAUCCUACUGGAGGGCAGCCCUGGGGUUGGGAAGACAACACUUAUUACCGCUCUUGCUAGAGCUCUUGGGAAACCUCUCACCCGAAUUAAUCUCUCCGAGCAGACUGACCUUACAGAUCUAUUCGGUUCUGAUGUUCCAGUGGAAGGCGGGGAUGUUGGUCAGUUUACUUGGCGUGAUGCGCCAUUUUUGCUGGCUAUGCAGCGUGGAGGCUGGGUUUUGUUGGAUGAAAUGAAUUUGGCUUCUCAGUCUGUCCUUGAAGGGUUGAAUUCCUGUCUUGACCAUCGUCAACAAGUUUACGUCGCGGAGCUCGACCAGAUCUUUAACCGACAUCCGAACUUUGUUCUGUUUGCUACGCAGAACCCACAUCACCAAGGAGGAGGACGAAAAGGUCUUCCUGCUUCAUUUGUAAAUCGUUUCAAUGUCGUAUAUGCCGACAGCUUCACUGGUGUUGACUUGAAGACAAUAUGCGCAAGGCUCUUCCCUGGGAGUCCGUCAACCCAAACCGAAGGCCUGGUCAAUUUCGUUUCACUGCUGAAUCAGGCUGUUCAGGAUCGACGACUAGGAACUAUUGGUGGGCCGUGGGAGAUUAAUUUGCGUGAUAUACAAAGAUGGCUUCAUCUGGCAGAUCGAGAGAGCUUACAGAUACCCGCAAAACAGUUCCUGGAUGUCAUUAUCAGCCAAAGGUUCAGGAGCGAAGAAGAUAGGGCGUUGGUAUCCAGACUGUACGAGCAAGUUUUCGGUGGUGUUGCGUUUGGUCCCAAAAGCUAUUAUCAUAAUCUUACCCCUGAGUAUCUACAGAUUGGGGUUGGAAUUAUGCAUCGCGAUCCUACUCUUCGACUAUCACUGGAACCAUCCAUGAAGAUACUCCCGAAGGACCUGCCUAUUCUUGAGUCGCUCAUUCUGUGCAUAGAACGGUCAUGGCCAAGCAUUUUAGUUGGAUCUGCUGGCUGUGGCAAGACCACUUUGAUUCGAAAGCUGGCGGCACUCAGCGGUUCUAAGUUGGUUGAACUUGCUCUGAGUGCAGACACCGAUGCCAUGGACCUGAUCGGCGGGUUUGAGCAGAUUGACUAUAGAAGAGAAGUCUCAUCGCUUAUGCAGGACAUCAUGUUUUUCUUUCAACAUCAAAUAAUUUCUGCUCAUUCUCUGGGAGAGGUGUCCGGAGUCGUUACUAGCUUUCUUCAGCUUCACGAAAGAUUUCAGAACUCGGAUAUAUCGCUCGAUAACAUAUGCUCGUCCAUAUCGGCGUUGUGUCAGUCGUAUUCGCACCCAGCUCUCGAAGGUUUCUUCGUCCGUGCUCAGGAUUUAUUGAAAACUUCAACACGUCCAGACAAAAUGAAGGUUGGUUUCGAAUGGGCUGAAGGAGUUCUGACUCAGGCUGUCCAAAAUGGCCAUUGGAUUGUCCUUGACAACGCCAACUUGUGCAAUCCAUCUGUUCUCGACAGACUGAACUCCCUUGCAGAGCCAAAUGGAAUUCUCAUCCUUAAUGAGCAACGGACAGAGGAUGGCUAUGCGCGGAUUAUAAGGCCACAUCCUAAUUUUAGGCUAUUUCUGACAAUGGAUCCUCGUCAUGGAGAGUUGUCCCGUGCUAUGCGAAACAGAUGCGUUGAGAUAUGCUUUUUAUCACAGGAGACCAGCGAAUUCGGUAACCAAGGUGGGCUAUCUUAUACGUGCGAUUCUUUACUAUAUCGCUUAAGAUCUGUCUGGAACUUGGAGCCGCAGGGUGACUCCGAAAACGCGUUCAGGAAUUCAUUAGAAGUGCGACUCGACCACCUCUCUGCCAGAGAUCUUUCCUAUAUCCAGCCUACUUUGGAAAUGUCCAUGUCUCGUUACCCGAAUGCCACCUUGCGCGGAGCUUUGUCGUCUACGUUUCACCGUUAUAUUUCCAUUGCUCAGGAGAAUCCAAACUGGAAGCCACUGAACUUCUCUCCAAAGGAGAUCAUUUUGAAUAAUACCUUGUUAGGAGUUGAAGGGGCUCUGCAGCCACUUCAUCCCCUUGUUAAUGAGCCUUUGGUUUUAAUUUUGAGCGAGGAGCUACGUGGGUCGUUACUUGUAGCCUUGGCCUAUUUGCAGAGGUUCAGGCUCGAGUUAUGUCGCUUGAAACAGGGAUUGGCAAUGGCUGACGGGUCCGGAAAAUUGCUCAAACCAAGUGAGAUGACUCGGUUAGAGAGGUCCCUGGCGUCAGGCCGCAUACCCUCUUUGAUGAAGGACUCAACACAACCAGUUGGCCCCUUCUUGUUCGAAUGUGGAGAAGUUUUACACGGAUUCAUCCAGAAUCUAGAAGAGAGUGCUCUCCAUGUUCCUGAGAUUAUUCCUGCUCUCCGUGCUGUCGUCAGCUUUUGCUGGGACAUCUUUAGGGCUACAGAAGUUAAACAGGUCGAUGAAGGCGAAUUCCAGAUAUAUCUUCAAGUCGGUCGGAACCUGUGUACUUCGUUGGUCCGCUCUUGGCCAUCAUUGGCUCAGUUGGGUCAUUCAUUAUCUCGUUCUCUUGAUCGGUUCAAAGCAGGGUGGGCUUUGACUACGGGCCUUAGCAUGGAAAGGCUAUGGGACUCAUGGAGGCCGGCGACACCUGUCACUCAGGCAGAAUUGCAGUCACUCUUAGAUCUGGAAGCUGCUGCCUCAAAAUUCACGGAUCUCGCCGUUAAGUCUCGUCUUGAAUUGACUAGGCUCGCUCAAGUGAGAGAAUCCUUGAUUGACGCACAGCGAUCAAUUCUUAUGGGUGGCGCUGUUGGGAAAGCUCUGGUGGAAGAGAUUAAUCAGACAAUCAUGGAAUUGGCAGAAGCUGUACAACGUUCAGGUUCAACUCAGUGCCCUUACUUCUCAAGCGAGUUCGAAGCCCUCUGCCAAUAUCAUGAUUUAUCCUCUUUUUGGACGGCAAAAAAUGGAAAUGACCAAGUCAUCCGAACCAACCUCCCACUGUUAGCCGGCCGCAUAGCACGGCCGUCUGGUAUAUCAAAACUUCAGAAUAUAGUUCCGGAUAUCCUCCAUAGGCUGUCAUCUUUCUCCGGAUCUGGACAUUCCUCAGGCAGUCCGUUUGCCUUGAGUGGUGUUCUUUCUCUUUCCCUAUUAGGGAAGCUGGCAUUUAUCGAUAGUUCAACUUUGGGCCAGAUGGACAUGCUAGAGAUCGAGAAGAAAACGCUCUCGAAGGCUGUUUCUACGAGCAGUCGCGCAAUUGCUGCAGACCAGUUCAGCGUCCUUAGGCGGAUGUUAUCGAGGCUCGCUACCGAGUUGAUUUUAUGUCACAAGGAAUUUUUGGCCCCAGAAUACUUAGAGCACAUUACGACGACACUACAGACCAUCGAAAAACACGGCCUGUAUGAAGGCCAGGCAUCUUUCGAGGCCCGUCUGGCCGACGACUUGCCAGAAAAUCAUUACUUCAAAACCCUCGCGGAGCAAGCUCUUCCGAAUCUCAUUUGCUCCUUAACAACUGUUCCAACAGGCUUAGACGAAACCCUUCAAAGUCUUGGAUUGUGCACUAUUCAACUUGCGACAAUUUUGUUGCGUCUUUUUGUGCCAGAUAAACCUUUUGACCCUUCCCUCGGGCUAGUUGUCGAAAGGAAACGACAUACCCAGCGGGUAUCAGAAGUCAGCACCAUGUCAGAAGCCCUCUCAUCAUUCGAAGUCAGCUUUUCUGGCCAAUUUUCGAAUAUGCGUCGUGAACUCCUGCAAGACGAAUUGCGAGAAUUGGGAUCAGCGCCGCCUCCAUCAUCUGUUACUCGACCUGCGGCCUCAGAAAUCAGCCUUCUACAAGGAGAAUUUUCCAACCUAAUAAGCUCAGUCCUAAAUAGGAACCCUGAGGAAGUGGCAGCGGCAUUGAAUAGCAGUGCGGUCGAGUCGAAACAGACUUUGAGGCUCCUCCGUGACAACAUCAGGCAGUUGAUUCAUCGUCUGAGUACGAAUUAUAGGUCUUAUGACGAUAUCACUGUUCCUGUCGUUCGGUUUCUUCAAAUCUUGGACUUGGGUCUUUUCCUUGUUUCGAAUCAGCAUCAAGAAUCUGUUGACCUGCAGAUUCUCCGCGUAAUUAGUGAUGUGACGCCCUUGCUUGGUGGUAUAGUUCAUCCCGUCUCAAAAACCGCAAACCACAUGCUGCCAUUGAGCACCAGGUAUGCCGUCGAAUUGCGGUUUCACAAGCUAUCUGCUUUGAAAGUUGCUAGCUGCGCAGACCCGAAAAUACUCCAAGGACGUGACGCACGUAAUGCUCUUCGCGAUCUACUUGAAGAUUUCCAUGAAUUAUGGAAGGCUAAACUUCGAGAAGACCAGGAAAAGGAAGCCCAGAAAUCCGAAUUGUACCGUUACAAAGGGUCAUGGGAAGAUAGUGAGGAUCUAGAUGAAAAAGAGCUACAUCAGCUAUUUCCCACUUAUGAAGAGGACUUGAUAGAUGAAAGUGUCGACCCGACUCGUAUUGAUCCGAGAAGCUUUUCAAUCCGUCUCUCCUCGAUCCACGCGGAGCUCUUUGGAUCCAAAGAUCCUGAGGCAACUCUAACAGCCUUUGUCAAGGAAUCUUCUCGCCUCCUAGGAUCGAUUUGGGCAAAUGGGGGUGCUUCCAUGUCACAGAUACAACCCCCGAAUCAUCUUUCUGGUGUCCUCCUGAGUCUCGAAGACGUUAUAAAGGGAGAGACGCGCAAUUCUGGAAACACGUACAACUUUUACACGGAUGCCAACUUUGCUGAAGCCAGGAAACUUGUGUCGUUGACGCUUUCGAUACAAUCACGGUUUCUUCAGCUUCUAACCGCUUGGCCCGAACAUGCAGUCCUUCAUGAUGUUAUUACUUGCUGCAAAGAGAUUCUUCAAUUUAAACAUGCCGAGCCAGUAGCGAAGUUCCUUACUAAAGUGGAAAAGCUUCACGCUCACGUACAUGAAUGGCAGCUUGUGGCGAGCAGAGAAUAUUCGGCAGCCUCUCUUUACGAUGAGAUUACGAGUCUGAUCAUAAGCUGGCGCCGUCUUGAGCUAUCAACCUGGGCAAAGCUUCUCGACAUAGAGAAGGAGAAGUGUGACAAAGAUGUUAGCGCUUGGUGGUUCGUUGCGUAUGAGGCGAUCAUUGCGGCCCCGAUUCAAAUGGCCGAGUCCGGGCAAGGGGAUAUGGACGCCCAUAUUCAAGAAGUCGUUACCACGCUGGAGCAAUUUUUCCUCUCGACUACUUUGGGCCAGUACAGUCAGCGCCUGAAACUUGUUGAGAACUUCCGGUCUUUGCUAUCGCUCUACGUGCAAGAUUACCCUCCAUUGAGGCGGCUUGCCUCUGCACUGGAUAACUUCCUUCAGCAUUAUAUGCCUUUUGAAACCGUUGUACACAAGCUUGUUGCGGAUAAAAGGUUGGCUCUGGAGAAGGACAUCAAAGAGCAGGUCCAACUGGCUAGUUGGAGGGAUAUCAAUAUCGUUGCUCUGAGGGAGAGCGCACGGCGAACGCAUUAUAAGUUGUUCAAGCUGAUUCGGAAGUAUCGAGAAGUUCUUGCCCAGCCUGCCCAACCAGUUCUAGAACAAGGCCUGCCCGAUAUUAAUGAGACCAGCUCCAUCCCUGCAGAAGAGCCUGCUCUAGCAUCCGCCGUUUUCCCAGACGCUCUUGUAACGUGUCAAAGGGAUACCGAAAUUUGGCUCAACAGAGCACCUAGAUUCAGGAAUCCAGAAGGCACGGCGAGCAACAUGAUGCAUUUGUAUUCAUCCAUUCCAGCCGAGUUCGACAUUGCAGAAGAGCUUGAUGAAUUUGUGAGAUAUGUCAUUGAAAGCAUUCACGAAUUCAGGUCCCAGACUCCCAAAAUAUUGUCCGAGGAGAACAAGGACGAUGUUCAGCACCUCAAAACUCAGAAACGCCGUUUCUAUGCAGACACCUUGAGACGGCUAUUGGAGCUGGGAGUAAAGCGCAACGUUGGUACAAGCUUAGUGGAAAAACAGGCGUCAGUAGCGCAAGUCCUUACAACGAGCGCCGCUUUCGAUAUGAGCGCUAUGACUUCGAAUUUAGUAAAAAGUGCAGAUACCUACUUCCACAGGUUCUUGGAUGUCAUUCCGCGCGCUCGACUAGCAGCUAGGAAUUACUCCGAAGAACUCAGCAACGUUGAAAUCUCAAGGAGUUUGGGGUCUGUUGAACACUUCUUGUUCUUGGCCAGGAAACAGAGAGAUGUGCUCUCCUCGUCCUACUCUGACCUCGCAUUAUUCGAGUCGGUGCUCAAGAAAAUGUCGAAGCUUUGGACUUCCGCGCCGGUAUUUCUUUCCAAGGCGGAUACGAUGGCUUUCGACGUGAAACAGGAGUUGUCGCAAGUUGUUUCUUGGCUGACGCCUAUUCUCGGUUUGGCCAUAAAAAUCGUGGAAGUGCACUCCUCAUUUUCCGGGACAGAUUCUUCCAAUAUCUGCGAGGGUAUACGUGGCUGGAAAAAUGUGUUUGACCGCUUAAGGAACUCCAUCGGUAAUCUCAGUGAGCUCCCAUCUGGCGUUACUUCCCAGCUGCAUGAGCGUGUCGUGGUAGAGACGAAGGCUUCUCUUGGACAGAUGAACGUCGACUUGACCAAGUGGAUCGUAGAUCGCCCUGAUCUGUCCUUCGUGUUGUGUCAAAUAACUCCAUGGUUAAAGAUGAAGGCAACUUGUCAGCUAGAAAGACAUUCCCGGAAUACUCUAUCUCUACAGGAUUUUGACUCGAAUCUUCUUGCAGCUGUCGACAAAAUGCUCGUUGGCCUUCAAAAGCUCAAGGAGACGUCUUCUUCGAUUGAGGCUAGUGGCUUGCUCUCCAGAAGUGAUGAGUUUUUCACCAGAACGAUGAAGGCCAUCCAUCUCUCUAAUGUCAAAGAGUCUCUAGAGUCUGUCCUCGAAACCAUCCAGGACCUUCAAACUCACGCCGAAGCCGGUCUUCCUUUUGCAGCUGCGUUGAUCGCUAGCGUUCUGCCUAUGACGAACAGAUAUUACAAUAUCUGCAAAGACCUUGUUGAUCGAUUUACUGCAGUACAUCGAGAGACGUGCAAAAUGGCUUACAUUCUUGCGAAGUCAUUUACACAAAUCGCAUCUGAAGGUUUUUGCAGCCCACCUGAGGCAUCUACAGAAGAUGACAAUUCUGGGAAAUUAGAAAGCGGAACGGGUCUUGGUGAAGGACAAGGCGCCGAGGAUAUCAGCAAGGACAUAGGGGAUGACGAGGACUUGUCAGAACUUGCCCAGCAGGAGAAAAACGAAGAAGCCUCGGAGGAAAUGGACGAUUGUGCAGAUGCUGUAAACAUGGACCAGGAAGAACUACAGGCAGAUACAACGGAGCAGAAGGAUGGAGAGGAGCAGGAAGAUGAUGAAAGCGGCUCUGAAGGAGAAGAUGAUAUCGAUGAAGAAGUAGGCAGCGUCAACGACCUUGAUCCCUCAGCAGUCGAUGAAAAGCUUUGGGAUGGUGCCCGUGACGAACAACAGAAAGAGACCGAAAACGAAGAGGGCAAAGGCGCUUCUGAAUCUGACCAGCAGGCUGCAGCCCAGGAGCAAGAGAAGGACAAAAAACAGCAGCAGGCUGAGGGUGAAGAGGAUGGAGAAGAGGAAAAUGAGGAAGAUGAGGAUGCUCCUGAUGACGAAGGUGAGGCUGUGGGACGCGAAGAAAUGGAUGUGACAGAUCCACAUACAAAAGAAGAAGAAGCUCUUGACCUUCCAGAAGAGAUGCAACUAGACGGUGACGAAAAGGAGGAUGAAAAUUCCGAAGACGACGAUGGGAUGGAUGGCAUGUCUGAUAUGGACCCUGGACUUGAGGAUAAUCAACAUGAAGAACAUGGAGAGAAUACCGGCGAUGACAAUGUGGAAGAGUCAGCGAUGGACCAGGACAAUAUUGACGAGGAUGUGCCCGAGCGGGCUGAUGUGAAUGAAGCUCAAGAAGACGAAGAGCAAAAUGCAUCUGGAGAAGAAGAAAGAGAAGAAGAGGAACAACGAGACGACUUCCUGACACAGCGCGAUGAGAAUGAUGCUGGUGAUGACAAUGCAGACUCGAGCGAAGCUGCCGCUGCAGGACUUGGUGCUGACCAAGAUCCAAAUAAAGACAAAGGCACAUCGGGUGAUGCCCAGCAAGAAAGUGGCUCGACGGAACAGUCCGCAGAGACAGAACAGCAGACCGGUGCAGCGAAAGAUGGCGAAGACAGCAAACGUAGCAGGGACGCAGGUGGUGCAGAUGAUAUGAGUCCAAAUGAUCCUGAGUUGCAGGCUUUCAAGCGGCUUGGUGAUAUACUUGAGCAGUGGCAUCGACAACAGAAGGAGAUACUGAAUGCUUCGAAGCAGGACGACGAUUCUCAAGCUUUGCCUCCAGACACCGACAUGGCUGACGCUGAUUUCGAACACCUUGCAGAUCAAGACGACGUUGGCGAUACUCAAGCUCUUGGUCAAGCCAGCGAAGAGCAGGCAAAGGCUCUGGACCAGAACAAAGGCGUUGAGUCUGAUGUCAAGCCAGGGGAUAACGAGCUGCUAUCGAAUCAACCUGAUGAGCCAGAGGACGUGCCUGGCAAUAUAAUAGAAGACGAGAUGCAACUAGACCAAGACACAGUUCCGGCAGAUAAGGAGGGAGCAGGAGCAUUCAUCCCUGGAAACUACAAGGAUUACGAUCGAGAUGACCCGAAUGCGCAGCAACAGGCAAAUGAAGAGUUGGAUGAAGUCGAUGAGUAUUUGGCGGCAAUUCACCUAUCUUCCUCCCGUCAACCACUCACUUCUCCGGACGAGGCUCGGCGACUCUGGUCACACUAUGAAUCCGUUACCAACGAUCUCUCGCUGUCACUAACGGAACAGCUACGUCUCAUUCUCGCACCGACUCUCGCAACUAAGCUACGAGGCGAUUUCCGCACGGGAAAGCGCCUAAAUAUCAAACGCAUCAUCCCCUAUAUCGCUUCUCAGUACAAGCGCGACAAGAUCUGGAUGCGCCGCUCUAUCCCGUCGAAACGAAACUACCAGAUUAUGCUGGCUGUCGAUGAUAGUAAGUCAAUGCUCGAAAGCGGAAGCGGCCAGCUCGCCUUCGAAACGCUCGCCCUCGUUGCCAAAAGUCUCAGCAUGCUUGAAGCUGGAGACCUCUGUGUCCUCGGCUUUGGUGAUGAAAACCACGUCAGGGUAGCGCACGAGUUCGGCAAACCAUUCUCUUCCGAGGCAGGAACCCAGGUCUUCCAACAUUUCAGCUUCCAGCAGACUGGUACGAAUGUGCGGAAGCUUAUUGCCGACUCGAUUGCAUUAUUCCGUGAAGCCCGUCUCAAGCACUCGCCGGCCGGUGGCAAUGCGGAUCUCUGGCAAUUGGAGCUUAUCAUCUCGGACGGUAUCUGCGAAGACCACGAAACCAUUCGACGCCUUGUGAGGCAGGCAUUGGAAGAACGGAUCAUGAUCGUCUUCAUCAUCGUUGACGCUGUUAAGGGAAACUCGAUACUGGAUCUCACCCAGGCGAGUUUCGAGCCUGAUAUAAAUGGGGAGAUGAAGUUGUCUAUGAAGAGGUAUUUGGAGGGAUUUCCGUUUCCUUAUUAUCUGGUUGUUAGAGACGUCAGGGAGUUACCGGCGGUAUUGGCUACGGCGUUGAAACAGUGGUUUGCUGAGGUUGUCGAUGUGUCUUAA